AUGUCUGCUGUCAACUCAGCAACCCCGGCCCCUCUUCAGGGAGUCAACCCACCCCCCCCGGAGGUUACCAAUCCCACCAAACCAGGUCGUAAAACCAACCAACUACAGUACAUGCAGAAUGUAAUGGUCAAGACAUUGUGGAAGCACAACUUUGCCUGGCCUUUCUACGUGCCAGUUGAUGCCAUCAAAUUGGGUCUUAUGGUGAGUAGACUGUAGAUAUUGAGAAUGGGUGUAAUAAAUGUCAGAAAGCCAAUACCUAUAGAUAGAUCACAGUGCAGAAGACUUGCAGCUGACAAUGUUUUGCAUUUUCUGUGUAUCAGGAUUACCAUAAGAUCAUAAAGCAACCUAUGGACAUGGGAACCAUCAAAAAGAGACUGGAACAUAACUACUAUUGGAGUGCCAGUGAAUGCAUGCAGGACUUCAACACCAUGUUCACCAACUGUUACAUAUAUAACAAGGUGAGUGCUCCAUGAGAGUAAAUACAUACUGUCUCUCCUAGGGGUCCAUUUAUUCUGGAUUUAAUAUUAUAGUCUCUAAUAUGUUUGCAUAUUCUCCCAGGGCUAGUCCCAAAGCUCUAUGUUUUUAAAUUGAUCUCAAGUUUCCGCAUUGCGUUUCCCACUCAUGUUUCUCACUUCCUGUUUUUACAUUGCCCAACAGCCUACAGAUGACAUUGUCCUGAUGGCACAGGCCUUGGAGAAGAUUUUCCUGCAGAAAGUUGCCAUGAUGCCCCAGGAGGAGGUGGAGCUUCUGCCUCCCGCACCCAAACCCAAGAAAAGCAAAAGCAUAGGUAAUAGGCCACUGUUCAUCUGUUCCUGAAACUAUAGAUCCCUAUAAUUUUGGAUAGAUCAUAGAUAUCGUAUAAAUUUUUUAGAGAAAAUGGGUGCAUAUUGCCAAUAAGAUACCCCAUGUACUGUGAGUUAACCACUCUAAUCAUUGCACCUGCUACAGGUGGUCUGGAUGGAGGUGAGUCACCAUCUUCCCUCCCUGGCUCUACGACGCCUGUGAUUGGCUCUUCUCCAAUAUCUGCCAUCACCCCCAACGUCCCAGCUGUCCAGAGCUCGCCCAAUGCUCCGAUGAUACCCGUCGUCUCACCAUCACAACCUCUUGUCAAAGUAAGUCACCGUACAUUUUUCAUCAGGAAUACAAAUGUUCAUUUAGUCUUUUGAAUGGAACCUCACCUGUGAGGGUGUGCCUUUUUGUGUUUGUGUUUUUUUGUGCAUCUAGAAGAAAGGGGUAAAAAGGAAAGCAGACACCACCACCCCCACGACAUCUGCAAUCACAGCUAGCCGGAGUGAGUCGCCCAGCCCCCUCUCAGAAGGCAAGCAGGGCAAGGUGAUGUCCAGACGGGAGAGCACAGGCCGUCCCAUCAAAGCUCCCAAGAAAGACUUGGUGGAAGGGGAGUUGGGCCAGCACAGCAGCAAGCGGAGCAGAAUGAGUGAGCAGCUCAAGUACUGCGACAGUAUCCUUAAGGAGAUGCUGUCGAAGAAACACGCAGCGUACGCCUGGCCUUUCUACAAGCCUGUAGAUGCUGAAGCUCUGGAGCUACAUGACUACCACGAGAUCAUCAAGCACCCCAUGGACCUCAGCACUGUCAAAGUACGCACCACAGAACAAAGCAGAAUUCACUUUUACAGUUAAUCAUUACCUUAGUGUUGGCUUGUGUGGUUGCCCAUCCAUGCGCUGUUUGGAUAACACUUGCUGUUGAUUUGCAGAAAAAGAUAGACGGCCGGGAGUACCCAGAUGCACAGAUGUUUGCAGCGGAUGUUCGAAUAAUGUUCUCAAAUUGUUACAAAUAUAACCCUCCAGAUCAUGAAGUUGUUGCCAUGGCCAGAAAACUUCAGGUAGGUUUGGGAGGUUAAAUAUUUCUCUGGAUCCCAUUUGAAAAAUCAAUGUAAAAUUGAAUUGGUUGGUUUAUCCCUAAUGUGUCUCUGUCACUCUUUUUGCCAUGAAUCCCUGUGUGUCUUUGUCUCAGGAUGUGUUUGAGAUGCGUUUUGCUAAGAUGCCUGAUGAGCCGGUGGAGCUGAGCCCCGGUGCAGGCGGGUUGGUCAGUAAAGGUGACAACUCAAGCAGUGGCGACUCCUCCAGCUCGGACAGCUCUGACUCGGAGGAGGAGCGGGCCACCCGGCUCGCCGAGCUCCAGGAACAGGUGGGUGCGGAACAGGUGGGUUUCAGAUCCGAGGUCCGUCCAACUCUACUCCUCUAACCUGAAGGGCUCAGGGAGGGCCUUCCUCGCACCUCUUCUCACAUCACAGCCAUCUUAUCCAUUCCAACAUUCUGAGACAGAGAUGGAGGGGUUGCCACCUUACAUCCAGUCUAACCCCUCCCCCUCUCCCCUCAGCCAUGCAUACCACUGCUUUCUCCACUGAUUCGUCAUCUCCCUAUUGAUAGCACUUAAAUUUAACCCUCUACCGCUUUAAAUUGUGCAUUUCCAUGCAUCUACUGGCACAGAUGGCUUGCAUGCACUACCUGAACAAAAGCCUUCUUUUUGAAAACAUCACAAUGUAGUUUUUGCAUAAUGGUACCACACAGUAGCUCUUGUCAUAACAUGGUGUUUUAAAAUGGUUCUGAUCUCUUUUUUUGGAGUUUUCUAUCUUUGUCCCCUCAUUUCCCUUUGGCUCUCUUACCAGUGUAUCUCUGUGGAGCGCCCCAAUGGUAGCGGGCAGGGGGGAAAAAACGGGUGCACCAAGCAUUUUCAGGUGAUUUGCUUUUCACUUCCCGGUCCCCUCCCCACUAACCUCUUAUUGAUCUCGGUUUAUUAUCAUGAUGCUGCUAUUUCACCUAUAUAUUUUUUUGCAUUAGUUGAGCAAGCGGUAGAGGGUUAAUAGUGGGGAGGGAGUGGCGAGUUACAGGUGCGGGGUGGUGGGACUCUAAAUGGCAGAUGUGGGUGUGUGUGAGUUUAAAUGGUUGUGUAAAUGUUGAAUGUGUGUUUGGCUUCUCCCUGUUAUGUUUGCUGGCUGACCCAAGUAAACAUACUCUUCUCUCUCUCAAUUGCCUGAUGGUUGUGUCCAAUUUAAAUUAUGAGGCAAUGAAAGGAGUAUGCAACUUGUUUUCCUCUCCCUUGUUAAAGGAUUCCUUUCUGAUUUACUGAUGUUUUGGAUGGAAUUUUGCUCAAUAUCUUAAAACUGCUCUCUUCAUUUUUGCUCAAGUACAUGUUAUGCACCAAAGGGAUAAACUGCUCAGAUUGCUUACCUAGCUACAUUUAGAAUGGGUAGGAAAAAAUAAAUACUUGAUGAUAAAAAUACAAAUCCAUUGUUAAAAAGUCUUAGCAUGGAGUACUAUUUUUCCAUAAGUUGAGAACUAGAUAAGCAAUCAAUAUGUCAAAGUUGACGUAAAGAGUUUCCCAUGUCAGUGUUUCCCCUAUAUUUAUUUAGCAGCAGCGAGCCGCCACUUCCAAAAAAAUACAUAAAUACAAUUAAAUGUACAUUUACACGUUUUUAAAGGCGCAGUGCGAGAUUUUGGCAACUAAGACCUUUUUCUACUUACCCAGAGUCAGAUGAACUCGUUUAUACAAUUUUUAUGGUUCUGCGUGCAGUUUGAAGGUAGUUUAAUUGCCAAAUUCUCACAUUAUCCCUUUGUGAUCAGAGUGACAAGUUACAAUGUAUAUUUGUAGCAAACCGAGCGAGCAGUGGCGUGAAUGGGAGUCCCGAGCACACAGCCACCGCUUGCUCCUCAUCAUUUGCCUACAGUGCAGUAACGCGCAUCAGUUAUAUUUCAGAUGGUGUUAACAUAAUAUAAUUUUCAUGCAUUUUGGUGUAGAAUGUCUUCUUUUUUUUAAGUCACCAGAAGUGACCUUCUCACAGUCAUUACCUUUGCCACCGCUGCUGAAAAAAUCCUAAGCGAAACACUGAAUGGAGGUUAACUUACUAUGUAUUGAUUUGUUUUAGUAUACAUGGCUUUCCUAAAAGUAAUGCCACAUUUUAUAUACCCUAGUUUCCUUACAAAAUUCCCUAACUUCCUAUUUUGAAUGAUUCACUCAAGUGGUAAAAAGUGGAGCAUUUCCUUCUGGUUAACUCAUAUCUACCCCUUUUGUAGUCCCUCAAGGCUUGAAGUGCUAGCAUACUCUUACGGCAGACCACUAACUCCUCCACCCCACCUCUCCCCAGCUAAAGGCCGUCCACGAACAGCUUGCCGCGCUCUCUCAGGCCCCUGUGAGCAAACCGAAGAAGAAGAAAGAAAAGAAAGAAAAAGACAAGAAGAAAGACAAGGACAACAAGCAUAGCAAAACCAAGACGGACGAGAAGAAGGCCAAGCCUGGGCAGCCUGCCAAGCAGGGCCAGCAGAAGAAGCCCUCCAGGAAAGCCAACAGCACAGUGACUGGCUCCAGGUAAGGCCUCCCUUUCUCUGACGUAUUAGGGCUCUGCUCAGCCUCUCAUAAUAAAAAACACCAUGAAAGCCUUGACUGUUUGUCAUUACUGCUCUGGCCUCUUGAUCUUCCAGGCAACCAAAGAAGGGGGGCAGGGGCUACGAAUCUGACGAGGAGGAGUCUCUGCCCAUGGCGUACGACGAGAAGCGCCAGCUCAGCCUGGACAUCAACCGGCUCCCAGGGGAGAAGCUGGGUCGUGUAGUGCACAUCAUCCAGUCCCGAGAGCCCUCGCUGCGAGACUCCAAUCCAGACGAGAUCGAGAUUGACUUUGAGACGCUCAAGCCCUCCACCCUACGCGAACUCGAGCGAUACGUCAAGUCCUGUUUACAGAAGAAACAGCGGAAACCCCAACGUAAGUCCUGAGGUCGAAGACCUCAAGCAUUGAACCUGCUUGAACCUCACUGAUACCUUCACUGUCCUUCAGCCUGCUACUACUACUUCUCCCUCCAUUAAGUAUUUUCUCCUACCUUCUCUUGCUUUACUGUUAAGGGCUCUACGCAAACAGAGCGACGGAGCGUCGUAUGCGGUCCGUUCCAAAUUUUGAGCCGCACAAAAGUACGUAGAACUACUUAGAAAAUUAUGCUCCAUCGCUACAUUUGCAUAGUUUGCGCGAAGUGUGUAGCGGCUUUUACUCGCUUCUCUUCUUACUUUUGCUAUAAGUACUAGAUACAUUUUCUUUCCCUUUUUGGUAUUUUUUUCCCCUAGCUAGAUUAUGUUCCUUCCCUCUACCUAGUUGCAUGUCUUCCAGUUGACUGCUAUUUUUUGAUAUACAGGUGGUCCCCAACUUUUUGAACUCCUAAAAAAGAAUUUUAGCCUGACCUUUUGGUUUUUUGGUCAAUGGCUGCUAGGUCAACGAAAUAACAAAAUACUAUGCCCAAUUGACCUUGUGUACAUGUAGCCUACCUGAACACAAAGGACUGUUUGCCAAAUUCUUGCCAUUCUGGAUGUAGAUGCUGUAUACAUGGACCUCCUGUAUAAAAAAAAUGGUAUGGGCCUGAACAGGGUUUGCUGUUGUGUUGCUAAUAUCGGCUCCUACUCGGACCCAGCGCAGUGGAGUCAGGCAGUGUGUCAUAACAUGUGACAGAUAACUCCUGGACAAACUCCUGUACAGUCCUCGCUUAACAGCAAAUUUAGCAAGUGAGAUGAAGUUUGUUCAAGUCCAAGAGUGUAAAGGCUCACCUGUGCUUUGAACCUGCUGCCCUCUGUAGUCCUCCAGGUUGUAGGCAUUAGGCCAUAGGCGUAAGGCGCUAGGCCAUAGCUGCUAGCUAGCUAGCUGUCACCACAGCGGCGGGGGUCCGGGCAGGAAGGCCAUGGUGCUCACAGCGUGCCGCUGUGUGUCUCCUGCAGCGGCCGCUGGGGGCAAGGGAGCGAGAUCCAAGGAGGAGCUGGCUCAGGAAAAGAAGAAAGAGUUAGAAAAGAGGCUACAGGAUGUCAGCGGCCAGCUGAACAGUAACAACAGCAACAAGAACAAAACCGACAAAAAGAAAACGUCCAAAAAAGGUACCAUAGCGUAAGGGACAGCAGGAGUUGCAUAGAGUAGAGUAAGGGCGAGGGCACGUGGACCCUGUCUUGCUUCCCCAUUUUAACCUAGUUCACCCAUUCAUUGUUGGUAUCCUGUGGUCCAGGAAGUUAGUCAUCCGAUCUUUUAUGGUUAUAAAUCUAUAUAUACUAUUACAUAUAUUUUAUUAGGGAUGGGCACGGUUAUUUGAAUAUUUGAACAGAUGUUAUGGUUGGGCAGUAUCCAGAUUUCCAUAUGUUCAUACCGUUCCUGUGCCAUACCAGGUUAACAUUGCCGCUAUUUCUUUAAAAACAUUAAAAAAUAAAAACUCCCAUAGCGGACACUAGCUAAAUACUAACAAGCACGAGAACAUAAACUAAAUGUAAGGACAGACAGCCCAGCACAUAACGUUAUACAACUAUCUCAAAAUGCUACUUACACUUGUUCCAGAAGGGAAUUGAUUGUCUCUGCUGUAAACAAGAAGCUUGAUAUUGUAAGCUAGCCACCUAACGUUAUAGAUGGAGGCCUGAGCUGGAGAAAAUGUAUUUUCCACAUCUUAGAUCAGGGGUGUCAAACGUACGGCCCGCGGGCCGGAUCAGGCCCGCAAAUGGGUUUAAUCCAGCCCGCGAGAUGAUUUAGGAGAAGAAUAAAAAUUAUUAUUAUUAUUUUUUUUUUUAAGUAUAAAAAUGCGCUGCAAUUUUUCAAUAAAAUAAACUGCUGUUCCAAUUGCGUCCACUGGAUGGCACAAUAGCAAUUGUGUUAAGCAAGCAAACUGUUUAUACCGGGGCAGAGCAAGUAGGUCAAGCACGUGCAGCCAAUGAGCUACUUUGUUUUGCCCGCGAUAUUUAUUACGGCUUCUACUUUUAACAUUAUGUGCUUUGGCACCCUCAUUGCCCCAAUAUGUCUCUGUCAAAAAAGAGAAAAGUGGACGCAGAGUGCAGAGUGUUCCAAGAAAAAUGGUCAUCCUAUUUAAUCACGGAAUUGAAUGGAAAAGCUGUAUGUUUGGUGUGUUCAGAGCAUGUUGCAGUGCUGAAAGAAUAUAACCUUCGUCGCCACUAUGUGAGUCUUCAUGCCGACAAAUAUGACAACUUUCAAGGACAGCGGAGAUGAGAGAAGGUGAUUGAACUGUUGGCGGGUCUGAAGAAACAGCAGUCUGUGUUUACUCACAGCCGAGACAUCAGUGACGCUGCAGUGAAAGCUAGCUACCUCAUUGCUAAUGAAAUCACAGUGGCUUCAAAACCAUUUAGUGAGGGUGAAUUUGUAAAAACAUGCAUGAUGAAGGCAGCGGAGAUUGUGUGCCCUGAAAAGCGGCAGGCUUUUGCAAAUAUCAGCCUGACAAGAAACACAGUUGCAGACAGGAUUUCCGAUCUUUCAGUGGAUUUGGACAGCCAGUUGAAGCAAAAAGUAAAGUCAUUUAUUGCGUUUUCAGUUGCAAUUGAUGAAAGCACGGACAUUACAGAUGUUGCACAAUUGGCCAUUUUUUCAUCCGCGGAGUUGAUGACACAUUGACCGUCACCGAGGAGUUCGUGGAGUUGGUGCCGAUGACAGAUACAACGACAGCAGCUGAUAUUUUUACCGCACUCGUCGGCGCGCUGGACAGGGUCGGAGUGGACUGGUCCCCCGCUGUCAGCCUGGCUACAGAUGGUGCGCCCUCAAUGAUCGGGAAAAAAGCAGGCGUGACAAAGUUCAGAGAGAAAGUGCAAUCUGCAAAUGGAGGACGUGAUUUUUUGACUUUUCACUGUAUUUUGCACUAGGAGGCUUUGUGUUGCAAGUCAUUAAAGAUGGAUAACGUCAUGAAGGUGGUCAUCCAAACUAUUAAUUUCAUCCGAUCCAGAAGCCUGAAUCACCGUCAGUUUGACAGCCUUCUCAGAGAGAAAGACCACAUCUAUGGCCUGCCAUACCACACUGAGGUAAGAUGGUUAAGCCGAGGUGCUGUGCUGAGGCGUUUCUUUGAUUUACGAGAAGAAAUUGAACAGUUCAUGGAAGAAAAGGGCAAACCAAUGUUAGAAUUUCAUUCCGCAGAAUGGAUGCCGGACCUUGCAUUUAUGGUGGAUGUUACAGAGCACCUGAAUAACUUGAACAAACAGCUGCAAGGGCGCAACAAAGUUGUCACGCAGUAUUAUGACAGCAUACGUUCUUUCAAGUUGAAGCUGUCAUUGUGGGAGACGCAACUUGCCGGUGGUGAUGCAGCUCACUUCCCCUGUCUGAAAAAUGUGUGCGCGACCCAACAUGUGGCAGACAUGAAGCGGUUCAAAGAUAAAAUAACUGGACUGUUACGGGAGUUUGAGCAACGCUUUCAGAUUUAUGUUUUUAUGUUGAUGUGCUAUUGUUUUUAAUUUAUUUUAUUUUAUUUGUAUAUUUAACCUAUUCUUGACUCUGUGGUUCUUGCACUUGUUUGGGGAACAGGAUUUCAUUAUUUGUAUCUACAUUUCUGCCUGAGAAAUGACACCCUGAUAUAGUUCUGUGAUCUGUGAUAUACUUCUGUGAAUCACUGAGGCAUUGUGUGUUUGUGUGUUCUUUGUCCUCAGAACUUUCAAAUAACUUGAGGUGUUUUAUGAUUAAUAGUGAUGUUGUGCUUUUGGACACUGUCCUCAGGCUCCAGCUUUAUGUUUAUAUGUUUUUAUGUUGAUGUGCUAUUGUUUUUAAUUGAUUUUAUUUUAUUUGUAUAUUUAACCUAUUCUUGACUCUGUGGUUCUUGCACUUGUUUGGGGAACAGGAUUUCAUUUUUUUUAUCUACAUUUCUGCCUGAGAAAUGACACCCUGAUAUAGUUCUGUGAUCUGUGAAACAGUUCUGUUAAUCACUGAGGCAUUGUGUGUUUGUGUGUUCUUUUUCUUUAGAAUUUUCAAAUAAACUUGACGUGUUUUAUGAUUAAUAGUGAUGUUGUGCUUGUACUAUUUUGGACACACUGUCCUCAGGCUCCAGCUUUAUGUUGUAUGUUGAUCGUAUUAAAACAAAGAAAACAAUCUGAAGUUGUUGUUUUUAAGUUAUAUAUACCAUGAUUUUUCCGGUCCGGCCCACUUGGGAAUAGAUUUUCCUCCAUGUGGCCCCUGAGCUAAAAUGAGUUUGACACCCCUGUCUUAGAUGGUUAACUUAUAACUUCACUUAUAACUUAGAAUAUUUAGCUGCCAAACAUUAUUGAAUUUCAAGUGUAACGUUAACUUGAUCACCUCUUGUGCCCCUCAACAGUGGAUCGUCACAUCACGUUUGCUCCAUGUGCUUUUUGUAAACAAACAUACCAUGUGACAGCCUCAAUUGAAUUUUAAUUUAAUAAAAAUAAAUACAUUGGGACAGUUUUGAAAAUCAUACCGUCGGUACUUCAAAAUACCCUGAAUACUUGUGAAAGUAUACAUUACAAAAAUGCACAUUUAAUAAUAAUAUAUAUGAAAUUAUUAAUUCAAUAAUAAUAUUGUCUAACUAGCGCGAGUCUGUAUGGCUACUCUCCCUCCCUCCCGUGUCAAACACACCGUCCCAUGCUUAUCCCCCGCACUGCUGCAACCAAGCAGAGCAGCACUUCUCUCCCAAGUCGCGCAGGCUGAAAGAUAUACAUAUAUAUUUAUUUAUUUUUGCAUGUAUUUCGACUAUCCGGAUAACAUAUUUAUUUCAAAUGCCCAUCCCUAAUAUUUAUUGAGUUGGAUAGUUGUAUGGUUACUGUAACAGAUGUAAGUGUGUGGGGGGGGAAUUCCUCUUUCAUCUCCUGUCUCUUCAACACUUGUGUCACCGUGUGUGUAUGAAUGAAUGGAUUUUUUUUUGUUUCAAAUUGCCCCCCCCCCCCUUACAGGAUUAAUUGACACUUAAACAAACAUUACAAUGAUUCACAGUGAUAAUUCAACAGUGGUACUUAUUGUGUGUGUUUAGCUUUAUCAAUCAUAACAAAAGUGCAAGUCCUUUUUAAACAUGAGCAAAACAUUUGUAUGCACUCUGAUACAAAAAUGUAAAAAAAUAAAUCUGAGAAAGUAUUUAUCUUUAGCAUUUGCACCUCAUUGACAUAGAUAUAUAAUACGUUUGGCCACGUCUCAUGCAUGAUCCUCUCUCACUCUCUCUCUCCUUCCAGAGAAGGGCGCUGGUUCCGGUACCGGUGCGUCCCAUCUCAGCGGCAGCAGUAGUUCUUCAGACUCGGGUAGCAGCAGCUCCAGUGGGUCCAGUUCUGACAGCAGCGACUCUGACUGA